AUGAAGCUCGUCAGAUUCCUGAUGAAAUGUGCGAACGAGACGGUUACGAUCGAGCUCAAAAACGGAACGAUAAUUCACGGCACCAUCACAUCAGUCUCACCUCAGAUGAACACGGCGCUGCGCACAGUAAAGAUGACUCAACGUGGCCGCGACCCUAUCUCUCUCGACACCAUCAAUCUGCGAGGAUCGACCAUCAGAUACUACAUCCUCCCGGACUCUUUGCCGUUGGAUACUCUCCUGAUCGAUGAUGCGCCGAAGCCCAAGAAUAAAGCCAGAAAGGAGGUUGCAGACAGAGGCGGUGCCAGAGGCGGACGAGGUCGCGGGGGGCCAAGAGGUCGUGGCGGAUUCAGAGGAGGACGUGGAAGGGGUGGCGGCAGAGGCUUCUAG